CUGUCUAUGACUAAGAAGAAGCUAAACUUCCUUUUUCUUCCUGAUUGCCUGCUGCAAUAGCUGCCCCUACCCCUGUUUCAGCUUUAGUCCAUUCUUCUACUUUAGUUACUGCUGGGGUAUAUUUAUUAAUUCGUUUUAAUUAUUUAAUAUCAAUAAGAUUAUUAGGUCAAUAUAUAUUAUUAAUUUCUGGGUUAACAAUAUUUAUAUCAGGGCUGGGAGCAAAUUUUGAAUUUGAUUUAAAAAAAAUUAUUGCUUUAUCUACUUUAAGACAAUUAGGCUUAAUAAUAAUAAUUUUGUCUAUGGGUUUUAUAAAAUUAGCUUUUUUUCAUUUAUUAACUCACGCAAUAUUUAAAGCUUUACUUUUUAUAUGUGCCGGCUCUAUUAUUCACAAUAUAAUAAAUAGCCAAGAUAUUCGAAUAAUAGGGGGCUUAUGUUUAAAUAUGCCUUUAACUUCUUCUUUAUUUAAUAUUUCUAAUUUAGCUUUAUGUGGAAUACCUUUUAUAGCUGGGUUUUAUUCAAAAGAUUUAAUUUUAGAAAUAGCUUCUUUUUCUUAUAUAAAUAUAUUUAUUUAUUUUAUUUAUUUUUUUUCUACUGGUUUAACAGUUAGGUAUUCUUUUCGUUUAGUAUAUUAUUCUAUAGUUGGGGAAUUUAAUAGUAUAUCUUUACAUCCUUUAAAUGAUGAAAGGUGAUUAAUGUUAAAAAGUAUAAUAUUAUUAGUAUUUAUAUCAAUAAUUAGAGGUUCUUUAUUAAUAUGAUUAAUAUUUCCUUCUCCUUUAAUAAUUAGUUUAACAAUAAGAAUAAAAUUAAUAACUUUAUUUGUUUGUUUAAUUGGGGGUGUUUCAGGUUAUAUAAUAUCUUUAGGUUCAUUAUAUUUUUAUAAUAAAUCUUUAAGGCUAAAUAAAUUUGUAAUUUUUUUUAUAAAUAUAUGAUUUAUGCCUUUUUUAUCUACCGUAUUUAUUAUUAAAAUGCCUUUAAAGUUAGGGGGGAUAAUAAAAAUUAUGGAUCAAGGUUGAAGAGAAUAUUUUGGGUCAAAAAAUUU